AUGGCAACGGCUUCAUCUGCUGGUGGUGUGCCUCCUGGGUUCCGGUUCCAUCCCACUGAUGAAGAGAUGCUUCACUACUACUUGAAGAAGAAGGUUUCGUUUCAAAGAUUUGACAUGGAAGUCAUCAAAGAGGUCGACCUCAAUAAGGUGGAGCCUUGGGAGUUACAGGAGAGAUGUAAAAUAGGAUCGACUCCCCAAAAUGAGUGUUACUUUUUCAGUCACAAGGAUAGGAAGUACCCAACAGGAUCAAGGACAAAUAGAGCAACAAAUGCAGGAUUUUGGAAGGCAACAGGAAGAGAUAAGUGCAUUAGGAACAGCUUCAAGAAGAUUGGAAUGAGGAAAACUCUUGUUUUCUAUAAAGGAAGAGCUCCUCACGGCCAAAAGACUGACUGGAUCAUGCAUGAGUAUAGGCUUGAAGAUGGUGAUGAUAUUCAAGGAAACUCAUCCACUGAGGAUGGAUGGGUUGUAUGUAAGGUUUUCAAGAAGAAGAAUCUAUUCAAGGUCGGCAACGGAGGAAGCAGCAGCAUCAAUUCUUCUAAGCAUUAUCAACUCAACACAUCAAUAAUUCAACCUCGAAGUUUCAUGCAAAGCCUAACAAAUACUCAUGAUCAACAAGCUUUUGAUUUUGAAUUAAACAAAUCAAAGCUCGGCCUUCAUCAUCACUACCCACACACAACUGCAACAACAUCACAUUACUCUCCUCUCCAAUCCCAAAACUUAAUGUCAACUCAUGACUACUCAUCAGCUCUUGGUUCAGGUUCAGGUUCAGCUUCUCCUAUGAUAGCUAAGCAAUUCAUGUUAAACGCUAGAGAUUGUGAGACUGGCAGUGAAAACCUUAGGUAUCCUCAAAGUUGCGAUGCAGUGCUGCAGGUGGGCACUUGCGAACAGCCAAAUCAUGAUCAACAACACCAUCAAGGGUUGAACGAAUGGAGUAUGCUUGAUCGCAUUGUUACUCCUCACCUUGGAAACGAUGAUUCUUCAAAAGAAGUGAGGUUCGAAGAUCAUAAUAAUGCAUCAUCAGUACAUUCUUUGCGUGGGGAGAUGGAUUUUUGGAGCUAUGGAAAAUAAUUAUUCUCUUCUCACUCUCUCUCUUGUCCAUGUAUUAGUAUUUAUUAAAAAUCAAAAGAAAUUCAUAUGGUGACCAUUAUGCAAACGGCUGUAAAAAUAUUACCAUCUAGGUAGAUAGCCGCUUUGACUUAUGUAGCACCU